UUUUGGGGGUCCCCAGGUGGAUUUUGGGGUCCCCAGGUGGAUUUGGGGGAUUUUUGGGGGUCCCCAGGUGGAUUUUGGGGGUCCCCAGGUGGAUUUUGGGGGAUUUUUGGGGUCCCCAGGUGGAUUUUGGGUUCCCCAGGUGGAUUUUGGGGGUCCCCAGGUGGAUUUUGGGGUCCCCAGGUGUAUUUGGGGGAUUUUUGGGGGUCCCCAGGUGGAUUUUGGGGGGAUUUUGGGGGUCCCCAGAUGGAUUUUGGGGGAUUUUUGGGGUCCCACCUGGUCCUGGUCACACCUGGGGGGGUCUCAGGUGAUUUUUGGGGUCCCCCAGGUGAAUUCUGGGUGGUCUCAGGUGGAUUUUGGGGUCCCUCAGGUGGGAUUUGGGGUCCCUCAGGUGGAUUUUUGGGGUCCCCAGGUGAUUUUUGGGGUCCCCCAGGUGGGAUUUGGGGUCCCUCAGGUGAAUUUUGGGGUCCCUCAGGUGGAUUUUGGGGUCCCUCAGGUGGGAUUUGGGGUCCCUCAGGUGGAUUUUGGGGUCCCCCAGGUGGAUUUUGGGGUCCCCAGGUGGAUUUUGGGUGGUUUCAGGUGGGAUUUGGGGUCCCUCAGGUGAUUUUUGGGGUCCCUCAGGUGGUUUUUGGGGUCCCUCAGGUGGAUUUUUGGGGUCCCUCAGGUGAUUUUUGGGGUCCCCCAGGUGGAUUUUGGGGUCCGUCAGGUGGAUUUUGGGGUCCCUCAGGUGAGUUCUGGGGUCCCUCAGGUGAAUUUUGGGGUCCCUCAGGUGAAUUUGGGGUCCCCCAGGUGAAUUUUGGGAUCCCCCAGGUGAAUUUUGGGGUCCCUCAGGUGCCCCCAGGACCCCCCAAAACCCCCAAACCACGCCCGGGGUCGGUCGGGGGCGGGAGGAGUUUAAUGCAGGUGAGCUCAGGUGAGUCCAGAUGUGCCCAGGUGAGUCCAGAUGUGCCCCAGAUGUGCCCAGAUGUGCCCAGAUGUGCCCAGGUGAGCUCAGGUGAGUCAGUGCAGCAGCGACAGCCCCAAAAACUCCCCCAGAGACCCCAAAAAAGCCCCAAAAAGCAACGCCCAGGUGAGUCCAGAUGUGUCCUGAUGUGCCCCAGCAGCGUCCAGGUGAGUCCAGGUGAGUCCAGAUGUGCCCAGAUGUGCCCAGGUGAGUCCAGAUGUGCCCAGAUGUGCCCAGGUGAGCUCAGAUGUGCCCAGGUGAGCUCAGGUGAGUCAGUGCAGCAGCUCCAGGCAGCGAAAGCCCCGAAAAUCCCUCAGAGACCCCAAAAAAGCCCCAAAAAAGCCCCAAAAGCAGCGUCCAGAUGUGCCCAGAUGUGCCCAGGUGAGCUCAGGUGAGUCCAGAUGUGCCCCAGAUGUGCCCAGCAGCAGCAGUGGGGGAUGGGGGAGGCGUUUUGGGCCAAAUUUUGGGGUUUUUGGACGUUUUUGGAGGGAAUUUGGGGAUUUUUUUGGAGUUUUUGGGGGUCCCAGGGCUGGUUUUGGGGGAUUUUUGGGGAUUUUUGGGGAUUUUGGGCAUCCUGGGGGUGUUUUGGGGUUUUUGGGGGUCCCAGGGCUGCUUUAGGGGGGAUUUUUGGGGAGAUUCUGGGGAUUUUGGGGGGGAUUUUGGGGAUUUUUUAGGAAUUUCGGGGAUUUUUUGGGGAAUUUUGCAAAUUUUUGGGAAUUUUGGGAUUUUUGGGGGAAUUUUGGGAUUUUUUGGGGGGAAUUUUGGGGGAAAUUUUGGGGUUUUUGGGGGGAAUUUUGGGAUUUUUUGGGGGGAAUUUUGGGGUUUUUGGGGAUUUGGGGGAAUUUCAGGGAAUUUUGGGGUUUUUUGGGGGAAUUUUGGGGGGGAUUUUGGGGGUCCCAGGGAGAUUUUGGGGGGAUUUUGGGGCUCCUGGGGGUGUUUUGGGGUUUUCUGGGGGUCCUGGGGCUGCUUUUAGGGGGAUUUUUGGUGUUUUGGGGAUUUUUGGGGGAUUUUGGGGGAUUUUUGGGGUUCCUGGGGCUGUUUUGGGGGGGAUUUUGGGGAGAAUUUUGGGCAGAUUUUGGGAAUUUUGGGGGAUUUUUUUUUUAUUUUGGGGGGAUUUUUUUAGGGAUUUUGGGGUUUUUGGGGAUUUUUUGGGGGGAUUUUGGGAUUUUUUGGGGGGAAUUUGGGGGUUUUUGGGGAUUUGGGGGAAUUUCAGGGAAUUUUGGGAUUUUUGGGGGGAAUUUUGGGUUUUUUUGGGGGAAUUUUGGGGGGAAUUUUGGGGUUUUUGGGGCGUUUGGGCUCAGGGUGGGGGAGGGGAG